GGGGAUUCCCGCGACCAGGCCCCUACCCGGCCUGCCCCGCGGCAAGAUGGCUACCUGAAGGAGAGGGCUCCGGCGGAAACUUGAAGACCCAGGGGCCCCAGAGACUGGAAGAAAUCACUUUUGCCUGGUUGGAAAGAAGAGGUAGCAACUUGCCCCAGCCCAACCCCAGAGCGGCUCCGGAGUUGAGGUGCUCACACACCAAGCUGUCUGUUUAUAUGGAGUGCCUGGAGGGCGUCUGCCAUGAGUCUGUUGCUAACACCACUAACCGGGAAAGCUGGCUGACUGGGGAGAAGACACUAACCCUGAGCUCUUGGCUAGAGGAAGUAGAGGGGCCGUGGGAUGUGGGGAGCAGAAGGCUAACUCCAGGAGAGCAGAGCAGAGAGAGCCGCCAGCGAGCAGACGCAGGUAGACGAGCCCACACCUUCCAGGAUGACCAGUGCUGCCCCUGCUAAGAAACCUUACCGUAAGGCGCCUCCAGAGCAUCGAGAGCUACGCCUGGAAGUUCCUGUGUCCCGGCUUGAGCAAGAGGAGUCCCUGACUGACGCAGAGAGGAUGAAACUUUUGCAGCAGGAGAAUGAAGAACUUCGCAGGCGCCUGGCCUUGGCUACCAAACGCACUGAGGCCUUGGAACGGGAGCUGGAAAUAGGGCAAGACUGCUUGGAACUGGAGUUAGGACAGAGCCGUGAAGAGCUGGACAAGUUUAAGGACAAAUUCCGCAGGCUACAGAACAGCUACACAGCGUCCCAACGGGCCAACCAGGAGCUGGAGGACAAGUUGCAAGCACUGGCCUCUCUUAGCCACAGCUGGAUUUUUGCAAUCAAGAAGGCUGAGAUGGACAGGAAGACGCUGGACUGGGAGAUUGUGGAGCUGACCAACAAGCUACUGGAUGCCAGAAACACCAUCAAUAAACUGGAAGAGCUCAAUGAGCGGUACCGGCUGGACUGCAACUUGGCCGUGCAGCUUCUCAAGUGCAAUAAGUCCCACUUCCGGAACCACAAGCUUGCUGACGGCCAAGCCUCCCGCAGCUGCAGGUACUGCAAGGUCUGUAGUAGGGACAGUUCUCCACUGAGUCAGUGGACACGGUCUCAGCAGUGCUCUCAGAGAGAGUUUGCUUCUCUCUCUAAGCUGCCCUGUGAGCUACAGGACAUGGUUCGGAAACAUCUGCGCAGUGGUCAGGAGGUUGCCAGCCCCGGCCCCAGCCCCAGCCCCAGCCCUUCUUCCAGCCUGGCCCCGGGGGCUGUGGUGCCUACCUCAGUCAUUGCCCGGGUGUUGGAGAAACCCGAGUCUCUCCUGCUCAAUUCAGCCCAGUCUGGCAGUGCUGGGCGCCCCUUGGCUGAGGAUGUAUUCGUACAUGUGGACAUGAGUGGGGGGGACCCAGCCAGCCCCUCUGCCCCGGGCAGUCCCUCUCCACAGCCCAAUGGGGAGUGCUGCUCAGUGAGUACUGCAGGAGGCUCCCCAGAGGAGGAGCUGCCCCUGCCAGCCUUUGACAAGUUGAGUCCCUACCCUACCCCAUCUCCACCACACCCGUUGUACCCUGGUAGGAAGGUGAUAGAGUUCUCCGAGGACAAGAUCCGAAUUCCUCGAAAUAGCCCCCUCCCCAACUGUACCUAUGCCACCCGGCAGGCUAUCUCCCUGAGCCUGGUAGAGGACAGCAGCGAGCGGGCCCACCGCAGCCCGGUGCCCAGCAGUCCUGCCUCAGCCCAAGGUUCACCCCAUCACCAGCCUAGUCCAGCUCCCUCAGCACUGAGCGCCCCAGCUAGCUCGGCCAGCUCUGAGGAGGACCUGCUGGCUAGCUGGCAGCGUGCAUUUGUGGACCGCACCCCGCCCCCUGCUGCUGUGGUCCAGCGCACGGCCUUUGGACGAGACUCACUGCCUGAGCUGCAGCUGCAUUUCUCCCCGGGCCACUCUCCAGCCCCACCACCUUUCCCACACAGUGAGUGUGGACUGGUGCAGCCAACAGAACCUGACUCUGGCUUUCCUCAAGAAGAGGAGGAGGAAAUGCUGAACCUGCCUGUCAGUCCCGAGGAGGAGCGCCAGAGCCUGCUGCCUGAUAAGGAGGGCUCCGAGGAGGGGCCUAGCCCUUCCCAUGUUGAUGGCAGGGCCUGGCCUCUCCCCAGUUCCAGCCGCCCCCAGCGCAGCCCUAAGAGAAUGGGAGUACACCAUCUGCACCGCAAGGACAGCCUAACGCAGGCCCAGGAGCAGGGCACCCUGCUCAGCUAGGCCUACCUGCCUCUGCCACCACCUCAGGGCUGCAGAUGGCCCCAAACUCUUCCUACAGACCUGGGCAGCUCAGUGAGUCAGGCCCACGUCAAGUCUUGGAGCUGCAUUUGCACUAACUGGUGCCGGCUUGCUUCGUGAUUUUUUUUUUUUCUUUUCCUUUGGAAUAUUUAUUCUCCAAGGGUAACAAGUCAUUUGAGCCCCAAGCUCUUUCCACCAUUCAGUCAGCCCGCUGUUCCCAUGGAAGUGACGGGGAGAGCAGGGGCUCAUCAGUUUUCAUUUUCCAUCUCCUUUCAUAUCUGAGAGCUCUGGUGGUAGGGGAGGGUAUCCUUGGUGCUGCCGACUCCAUUACUCUGCCUCAGAAUGAGCUGCUCUUAGGCCUGUUCAGCUGGCCCCAGACACGGGUGGACUCACUCAGGGCUCCCCCUUCCAGAGGGAGGGUGUGACUUGAGGGGCCUCCAGCUAGACUCUAGGUGAGGCCUCGCCCCUCUUGGCUCUAGACUGUUACUCCCAGAUUUGGGAAGUUUUCACAUAAUGACUAUUUUAAAAUCAAAUAAAACUUAUUUUACAGGUAA